GGAGACUCAGGCGAAGAUGAACUGGGGCUUUCUGGAGAACGUCCUCAGCGGGGUGAACAAGUACUCCACGGUGAUCGGGCGCAUCUGGCUCUCCGUGGUCUUCCUCUUCAGGAUCCUGGUGUACGUGGCGGCGGCCGAGCAGGUGUGGAAGGACGAGCAGAGUGACUUUGUGUGCAACACCCGGCAGCCCGGCUGUGAGAACGCCUGCUUCGACCACUUCUUCCCCAUCUCACAGGUGCGCCUCUGGGCCCUGCAGCUCAUCAUGGUGUCCACCCCCUCCCUACUGGUGGCGCUGCACGUGGCCUACAGGGAGCACCGCGAGGCCAAAUACAAGAAGAAGCUGUACAAGAACAAAGGGAGCCUAGAUGGAGGCCUGUUCUUAACCUACAUCCUCAGCCUGGUCUUCAAGAUAACCUUCGAGGUGGUAUCCCUGCUGGCUUUCUACUUCCUGUACAACGGCUUCGAGGUGCCCAUGCUCCUGCGCUGCAGCGAGAGUCCCUGCCCCAACACGGAGGACUGCUACAUCGGCAGAGCCACGGAGAAGAAGAUCUUUCUCUACAUCAUGGGCUGCACCUCCAUUCUGUGCAUCUGUCUGAAUUUUGCAGAACUCAUGUACAUUAUUUGGAAGCAUCUGUGGAAGUGUUUCACCAGGCGCUACGCCCCAGUGCAGAGGACCGUCAGCCAUCCAGCUGUUUCCAUUGUCAACCAGUUUGCCUCCGCUGAUCCCACAAUAAACACAGAGCAGGGCCAUGAGCCUGCAGCCGAGGAGGAGAACCGGCCCGUCCAGUCCUGAGGCUGAGAGACACUCACACACACACACGGACACACACGCGCGCCCGCACACACUGCUACAAUCUGCUCUGUCAAAGACAGUGAAAUAACCCGGCUUGAGGAGUAACGGAUAACAUGUAAACGGAUUACGUAGUCAGGAUAGAAAAAAAAAGGAAACAAGGUUGGAAGCAACUAAGUUUUAAUAUACAGUUGCAAGAAAAAGUAUGUGAACCCUUU